UUGAAUUCCAGUUGAGUUACUGCUUUUUUUAUAAAGAAAAUUUUCAUUAUGAAGAAAAAGAAGACGACGACUUCGAAAGUUGCAGCUACUACUGAUAGUGAAGUGGCUGCUACAACCAUUAAGAAAAAGUCUGACGAGGUUCUUGUUAAGAAAAGUGUCAGCAAGGAUGACAAGAAAAAAAGAAAGAAGCGUAAGGGAAGUGAAAGCUACGGAUAUUUCAUUUAUAAAGUUCUGAAACAAGUUCAUACUGACAUUGGAAUGUCUAGUAAAGCAAUGGGCAUAAUGAAUAGUUUCAUGAAUGAUAUUUUUGAACGCAUUGCCAAUGAAGCGUCUCGUCUGUCAAAAUAUUCGAAGAAGCGCACCAUUAGCUCUCGUGAAAUUCAAACUGCAGUUCGGCUUUUACUUCCUGGUGAACUAGCAAAACAUGCCAUUUCCGAAGGAACCAAAGCUGUUACUAAAUACACUUCUUCGAAAUAAAUUCAUUCAUUUUUGUAGCAGCGCAAACAUCCAUAUAUCAAUCGGCCC